AUGAACCUGUUAUUAGUGACAAGUGUAUUGAUCGGUUACUCGUUCCUGGUAGCUGCUCAAGUCGAACAGCAACCGAUCGUGAACAUUCCCGAGUUGGGAACCGUUCGCGGCUCAAUAACCUAUAGUGCCUGGACCAACCGGACGAUCUACCAAUUUCAAGCGAUUCCGUUUGCCAAAUCACCCACUGGAGCUUUGAGAUUUCAACCACCAGUGAAAGCGACCAGCUGGGAGGGUACACUGGAUGCAUCUAAGCCGGGUAUCAUCUGUCCUCAGAUUUGGGAUGGAGAUGUCAUCGCAACCGACGAAGAUUGUCUGACACUAUCAGUGUUUUCCAAUAACUUGACCGCAUCUUCUCCGGUUAUGGUGUCCAUUCACGGGGGCGCAUUCUUUCUUGGCAGUGCAGUGGCCUACCCUCCAGACUAUUUAUUGGAAGCAGAUGUAGUGCUAGUGGUGAUGCAAUAUCGGCUGGGUCCACUAGGAUUUUUGUCCACUCUAAGUGAUAAAAUUCCCGGCAACGUUGGAAUUCUGGAUAUGAUCCUAGCAUUGGAAUGGGUGCAGGAAAAUAUUGAAGCGUUUGGUGGAAAUAAUAAGGCUAUUACAGUAUUUGGCGAAUCUGCUGGUGGCGGAGCAGUUUCCGCUUUACUGCACACUCCUCUCGUUCGUGAAAAACCAACGCCAUUGUUCCAUCGGGCAAUCAUACAAUCGGGAUCAGUGUUUGCACCAUGGGCCAUAUGUGAUACUCCGAUUGAAGCAACUCAAGAUUUUGCAAGACGUUUGAACUGUGUCAACGACUUGGAUCAGUGUCUUGUACAAGCACCAACUGAAGACCUUCUCCGUGCAUUCGAAUCACACCGUACGGAUACAAUAACUAAUCAAGGAUAUUCUAACGUUGCCGGAGCGUCAAUGGUCGUAGGAGGUCCAUCGGGACUUUUUCCCGAACAUCCGCGGCACUACACCUCGCAAGCUUUUCCCGAAAUAAGCGCCAUGGGAGGCGUGACCUCCCAGGAUGGUUUGAUAUUUCUGAACGAAAUCUGUGAACUGCACCCGGAGUCAGUGAAAUCACUGAAAACUUCUCACGAUUUACUUUCAUUCGUACGAUUGAUUCAUGAAACAUUUGGUCAAACGAAACUUGAUGGUGUCCUCGGGGGUAAAGCGAUCUCCGAACAUUUUCUGAUGAGCGAUAUCGAACAGGUUCAGUGGAAUAGCGUUGUUCUAGGAUUAACAGAUAUUUGUAAUAAUCACGGAUUCAAAGCACCGGUUCUUGUGGACCUUCUAGCGUUGUCGUCUAUCAAUCCGGAUAAAGUUUAUCUCUAUAGUUUCGACUAUGCAGUAGACAACUCGACAAAUUUACCGCUGACAAUAGAGUUUCCAUACGAAGGAGCAGUCCAUCAUGCAGCCGACAUGCAUUACCUAUUUCCAUGGUCGGAGUUAAAUGAGGAUGGUGUACGGAUAGCCAAAACCAUGGUGCAACUUUGGACUUCCUUUGCCACAACGGGCGUCCCCGUGGCCGAGAUUGUUCCCCGAUGGUCCCCAAUGAAAAGUAAGCAAUGA